AUGACAUCGGUUAGACGACCUAUGAGUCAGAUGAGGAAGCUCGAGACGAAGGAAGCGUUGUUCCGCAACAGAAAACGUGUACUCAAAUACUUGGUGUUGGGCUAUCUGAAGCAGGAGGGAUUCCUACACACUGCGGACACAUUUUGCAACGAAGCUGCCCUCACCAACGAGUAUGAACUCUGUGACAAUAUUGACUUGGAAAUAAUACUUCAGGACUUCUGCAGCUAUUACCUGAUCCGUUUCAAUAAGCAGCCACAGUUCUGCCGCAAGGUGGAGGAGCCCCGGCCUCUGCGACGCCCCGUCACCAGAACCACGCGGCCGCCGGUCAUGGAACCGGAAAAGGAAGCGGAGCCCGAUCUUCCUUCCACCUUCACUGUAACAAAACUUUUGACGGAUAUUCCAGCAGAAAAUCUAGAUAAUGCAAUUACAGCGAUAGAGAAAAAGCCAUUGGCUGGAUUCAUGGCCACCAUGACACCUGAUAAGAGACAACUUGUGGAGAUAUUGUACCAGGACAUCAUAAGACCAUCGGGAGUGCGUUGGGACGACAUCAAAGGCUUGGAGGCGGCCAAGAGUAUACUUAUGGAAUCGGUUGUGUAUCCAGUAAGGCACCCAGAAUUGUUCACGGGUCUACUGGAACCAUGGCGCGGUGUACUCCUCCACGGGCCUCCGGGCACGGGCAAGACGAUGCUGGCGCGCGCGGUCGCCACCGAGAGCCGCUGCACCUUCUUCAACGUACCCUGCAGCACCCUCGUCAACAAGUGGAGAGGCGAGUCGGAGAAGAUUGUAAAGGUUCUUUUCGAAAUGGCCUUCUACUACUCACCAUCGAUCAUCUUCAUAGACGAAGUGGAGACCAUAGCAUCGGAGCGAUCUUCCGUUGGAGAACACGAAGCUUCCAGAAGGCUGAAGUCACAACUCUUGACAGAGCUAGACGGAGUACGAGAGAGAGAAGGAUUGGUGUUCUUACUUGCUAACUCCAAUAUGCCUUGGGAAAUCGACACAGCAAUGCUUCGUAGACUAGAGAAGAGGAUCUAUAUACCACUGCCAGAUUUGAAAGCGCGCGCGCAACUAUUCGAAACCUACUUGAACGUCCGUACUAUAGAAUUAUAUCCGAAGGUCGAUUUCGAACUAUUAGCGGCUAAAACCGAAGGGUACUCCGGCAGUGACGUGAAACUGGCGUGUAAAGAAGCGCUGAUGAUGAACGUGAGGAAGAUGCUGCCCAACAUGUUGAACAGGAGUCAGUCCGGCCGCAAAGAUCGUUUGGACUUGGCAGAUAUAAUGGCAGCUAUAGAGAGGACCAAGCCCGUGUCUAAAAACCUGGCCAAGAAGCACGUCGACUGGCAGGAGGAAAUGGGAUGCUCUUGA